AUGCACAAUGGAGAAAAGAUAGGAGGACCUAGAAGAGGACAACAUUUCUUUAAACCAUUUGUGGAAAUGUUAGAGGUGUAUGAUAUGCUAGAACUUUCAGGAAGUGGCAACCGCUUUACCUGGGGAGGUAGAAGGGGUGAUCACUGGAUACAGAGCAGACUCGACAGAGCUUUUGGGAAUAAAGAUUGGUUUGAAAUCUUCCCGACGUCUAAUCAAGACUUUUUAGAAAUGAGGGGAUCGGAUCAUCGUCCGGUGCUGGUCAAGCUAGUGGAUUCUCAGGAAGGAUAUUUUCAUUUUGACAAGCGGUUCUUACAUAAAGCGGAUAUCAGGAGAGCCAUUACUAGGGCUUGGAAACCAGGUGUAUCUAAUGGGGGAUUGCUAGUGGCUCAAAGAAUCAGAGAUUGUAGAAAAGUCUUAAGUUCGUGGAAUAAGACCAAUUAUGUGAAUUCCAAAGAUAAGAUUCAUCAGUGUGAAGUGGCUCUAGAGAGAGUACAAUCUGAGAGAUGGCCUAACUUGCAACAGGUUCAUAUUCUUAAACGUGAACUUGCUAAAGCAUACAGAGCAGAAGAGACUUAUUGGAGGCAACAUAGCAAGCAUGGAUGA